GAGAGUCUGUUCAGUCACUCACUGGACUCUCUCCCUUAUUAUACUCCUCAUCGCAACUGAUAAGAGCAGAAUAUGGGCUGGCAGAAAACUUUUACACUUGCAGAGCGAUCAAAAGGUUGUCAUCUUAUUACCGAUGAAGUAUUGACGCAGGUUCAACCCGGCCUGAAGGACGUUCAAGUCGGGAUGUUAUUUCUAUUCGUAAAACACACCUCUUGUGCUCUCACCGUGAACGAAAACUACGACAGAGAUGUAAGACGAGAUAUGGACAUGGCGCUCGAUCACAUUGUCCCAGAAAACCUCUCAUGGCUGCACACAGACGAAGGACCCGAUGACUCGGUUUCACACACUAAAUCAAGUUUGGUUGGCCCUACGAUCAGUUUACCAAUCACGAAUGGAAAGGUGAACUUUGGCACCUGGCAAGGGAUAUACUUGACGGAGUUCAGACAUUUUCCCCACGAGAGACAAAUCGUAGCCACGAUUUUAUCGUAGGCAAGCGCCAACUAUCCUGGGAAAAUUGGUUCCAUCGCAGGAGAUCUCAGUUGAAGGAUAACCUAUUCUAAGACGAUGGCAAUGAUUGAAUUUAAUGUUUUUUUUUUU